AUGAAUGUGUUGUCACAACUGAAAAAUGGUGCUAAAUUUUCCUCAAGUGCAAAUAUAUUAUUUACGAAUUGCACGAAUGCAAAAUCUGAUGACAAUGAUGGAUACCUGUAUAGUUCUUUCUUUUAUGUAAACUCUCACUUUUAUUCCAGAAGCUGUCUCUGCUCCGUGGAACCACAGAAUCUAACACAUGUGUUGGAAUUCCUCCUCCUGGGGUUCUCAGAUGAUCCCGAACUGCAGCCUCUAACCUGCAGCCUGUUCCUGUCCAUGUACCUGGUCACCGUGAUAGGGAAUCUACUGAUCAUCCUGGCCGUCAGCUCUGACUCCCACCUCCACACCCCCAUGUACAUCUUCCUUUCCAUCUUGUCCCUGAGUGACAUCGGAUUCACAACUACCACGGUUCCAAAGGUGAUUUGGGACAUCCAGACUCACAAUAGAGUAAUGUCCCACACGGGCUGCUUGAUUCAGUUGUCUUUCUUUAAUCUUUUUGGCUGUUUGGACAGUGUACUCUUAUCCAUGAUGGCCUAUGAUCGGUUUGUAGCUGUUUGUUAUCCUCUGCACUACCCAGUCAUCAUGAACCCCCGCCUCUGUCGCCUGCUGAUUCUGGUGUCUUUUUUGACCAGCCUUCUGGACUCUCAACUGCACUGCCUCAUUAUGUCACAACUUAUCUUCUGCACAAAUGUGGAAAUUCCCCAUUUCUUCUGUGACCCUCCUCAACUCCUGAAGCUUUCCUGUAAUGACACUUCCACCAAUAAGAUAUUCAUGUAUUUUAUUGGGGCCAUCUUUGGUGGUAUUCCAGUAUCGGGGGUCCUUUGCUCUUAUAUUAGAAUUGUUUCCUCCAUUCUGAGACUCCCAUCAACAGGUGGGAAAUACAAAGCCUUCUCCACCUGCGGCUCUCACCUGUUUGUUGUUUGCUUAUUUUAUGGAACAGGUCUUGGGGUGUACCUCAGUUCGACUAUCUCACAUUCUCCCACGAAGACUGCAGUGGCUUCCGUGAUGUAUGCUGUGGUUGCUCCCAUGCUGAAUCCCUUCAUCUACAGCCUGAGGAACAGGGACAUCAAGAAGGCCUUGCAGAGGCUCCUCAACAGAACUGCCUUGUCUUAA